UGUAUUUCAGGCGUAUUCAGUAGGCUAUUGUUUCCGUGUUUUUUGUUUAUCUGUUAUGUAUCUUUUAUCUUACAGACUGUUGCUUUUAUUAACAGAAGUGCAGGGCGCAAUAGGCUAUGUACAGGAGGUCAUCUUUGCAUUCCUUGUGUUCGAAGUUUAAUCAGGCUCAUCGAGCCAACGACCUCUGCCUGGUACCGUAUCUGUCAGUUGAAAUACUAAUUUAAUAUAUGUGAGGAUAUUGGUUAGCCCUCAGCCGGCACUUGUAGGGCCCCAUUGCUACACUUCGUCAAUGAAAACGUCAACGAAUGCUCCUGAUUAUCACGUGACGUGACAUGACGUGUAACCAACAUGGCGACGCAGUGCUGAGAAAGCAGCGCUCAACAUCUCGGAUUGAGCGACUAGCACCCUCUGCUCAGUUUUGUUUUGACACUCCGACACCUGCUCCUGUGCAGGGCCAGGCCGACAAUGACGGCCUGAGGGAGCUGCAGUUUGGUCAAGAGAUGAAACAGCAGCUCAGCCUCGAACAACAGCUACGACAGCAGAAGCAGACAGAAAGCACUAAAACCAAGAGCAUGUUUCUGUCUCGGGCACUGGAAAAAAUCUUGGCGGAUAAGGAGGUGAAAAGGAGCCAGCACAACCAGCUGCGAAAAGCUUGCCAAGUAGCUCUUGAUGAAAUAAAACUUGAGCUUGAAAAACAAAAAGAUGGCACUGUGGUCCCUCCCCGAGCCAACUAUAUUGAGGCAGACAAGUAUGUGUUGCCUUUCGAGUUGGCAUGUCAAUCCAAGUCCCCACGGAUUGUCAGCACCUCCCUGGACUGCUUACAGAAACUUCUAGCCUAUGGCCACAUCACCGGCAAUGCCGCAGACAGCAGCGCUCCAGGGAAGCGGCUGAUCGAUCGGCUUAUGGAGACCGUCUGUAACUGCUUCCAGGGCCCACAGACAGAUGAGGGUGUGCAGCUUCAAAUCAUCAAGGCUCUUCUUACUGCAGUGACCUCACCUCACAUUGAGAUCCACGAGGGUUCCAUUCUGCUCACAGUGCGCACUUGUUAUAACAUCUACCUGGCCAGCCGCAACCUGAUCAACCAGACGACGGCCAAGGCCACACUCACCCAGAUGCUCAAUGUCAUCUUCACCCGAAUGGAAAACCAGGCAGCUCUGGAGGCCCAGGAGUUGGAGAGGGAUCGCUCCCAGCUGAAUCCCCACAACCCCUCACCCAUCCUCAGCCGAGGCUCUGGGUCCCCCCGGCCUGCUCACUCCUCCUCGGAGCACAACGGGCAGCCCUCCCCUUCCCCCAGCUCUGCCGAGCUCCCAGCCACACCCACCCCCCCACAGGACACACCCUCCCUCAACGGCCAACCAGAAGAGGGCGAGACUCAGGAGGGGGAGGAGGAGGACGGGGGAGGUGCGUCCACCGCCGAACAGAGCAGGGAAGAAGCUCCAUCCUCAGAGUCAGAGGAACCAGCCGCACCUGCUGCCCAGCCUGCACCUGAGGGCGAGGGAGGUGGAGAACCCCAGGCACACCCAGAGCCAGAACCCCCCCAGGGGCCGGCAGGGGAGGCCCAGGGGGAGCAGGAGCAGGAGCCAGCCAGCGGGGAUGCUGAUGGCCCUCCUGAUGGAGGGGUGGAGCAGCAGCUGGAGUCCGAGCCAGAGCCAGAGCCAGAACCAGAGCCUAGGCCAGCCGACACAGCGCCUCCUCCUGGUCGGCUGGACAGCCAGCAGAUGAAUGGCGUUGUGGACGACCGUGCCUCUGUGUCCUCCACUGACAUCAUGGAUGCCGAGACGUUGCAGGGCAGCCAGUCUAGUGCCCGGUUCUCCCACAUCCUGCAGAAGGACGCCUUCCUGGUGUUCCGCUCCCUGUGCAAGCUCUCCAUGAAGCCCCUUGCUGAUGGGCCUCCGGACCCAAAGUCUCAUGAGCUGCGCUCUAAGGUGGUGUCUCUGCAGCUGCUGCUCUCCGUCUUGCAGGGUGCGGGCCCCGUCUUCCGCACGCACGAGAUGUUUGUCAACGCCAUCAAACAGUACCUGUGCGUGGCGCUCUCCAAGAACGGAGUCUCCUCCGUGCCCGAGGUCUUCGAGCUCUCCCUGGCCAUCUUCCUCACCCUGCUCUCCCACUUCAAAGUCCACCUCAAGAUGCAGAUCGAGGUCUUCUUCAGAGAAAUUUUUCUCACAAUCUUGGAAACAUCAAGCAGCUCGUUUGAGCACAAAUGGAUGGUCAUUCAGACCCUCACUCGCAUCUGUGCUGAUGCCCAGUGUGUGGUGGACAUCUAUGUGAACUACGACUGUGACUUGAACGCGGCCAACAUCUUCGAGCGGCUGGUGAACGACCUCUCUAAGAUUGCCAUGGGCCGGAGUGGACAGGAAAUGGGCAUGACCCCACUGCAGGAACUGAGCUUGCGUAAGAAGGGGCUGGAGUGCCUGGUGUCUAUCCUCAAGUGCAUGGUCGAGUGGAGUAAAGACCUGUACGUCAACCCCAACUUCCAGACCAAUCUAGGUCAGGAGCGCCCUGCAGAAGGGGAGGGUGUGGAGGUGAAGCUUCCGGAACACCUGGCAGGCCGCAGGGACAGCGUCAGCUCCCUAGACUCCACAGUGUCCUCCAGUGUGCCGUCCUCCCAGCCAGACCACCCUGAGCAGUACGAGGUCAUCAAGCAGCAGAAAGAGAUCAUUGAGCACGGCAUUGAGCUCUUCAAUAAAAAACCGAAGAGAGGGAUCCAGUACCUGCAAGAGCAAGGCAUGCUGGGAACUACCCCAGAAGACAUAGCCCAGUUUCUCCACCAAGAGGAACGUUUGGACACGACUCAAGUGGGAGAGUUCCUGGGGGAGAAUGUGCGCUUCAACAAGGAGGCGAUGUACUGCUAUGUGGACCAGCUGGACUUCUGUGGCACAGACUUUGUUUCCGCCCUCAGGGCCUUCCUGGAGGGCUUCAGGCUCCCCGGAGAAGCCCAGAAAAUCGACAGACUUAUGGAGAAGUUUGCCGCACGAUACUUAGAGUGCAAUCAGGGGCAGACGCUGUUUGCCAGUGCUGACACGGCGUACGUGCUGGCCUACUCCAUAAUCAUGCUCACCACUGACCUCCACAGUCCACAGGUAAAAAAUAAGAUGACCAAAGAGCAGUACAUCAAAAUGAACCGGGGCAUCAACGACAGCAAGGAUCUGCCAGAGGAGUACCUGUCCUCCAUCUAUGACGAGAUCGCAGGGAAGAAGAUUCGCAUGAAGGAGAGCAAAGAGUACUCAAUCACGCCCAAGUCCAACAAAUCAAAUGUGGCCAGUGAGAAGCAGAGACGGCUGCUGUAUAAUAUGGAGAUGGAACAGAUGGCCAAGACGGCCAAAGCCCUGAUGGAGGCGGUGAGCCACGCCCAGGCACCCUUCUUCAGCGCCACCCACCUGGAGCACGUCAGGCCCAUGUUCAAGCUGGCCUGGACCCCUCUGCUGGCUGCGUUUAGUGUUGGGCUGCAGGACUGUGAUGACCAGGAGGUGGCGUGCUUGUGCCUGGAGGGAAUCCGCUGUGCCAUCAGGAUCGCCUGUAUCUUCAACAUGCAGCUGGAGCGGGAUGCCUACAUCCAGGCCCUGGCCCGCUUCACCCUGCUCACGGCCAGCUCCAGCAUAACCGAGAUGAAGCAGAAAAACAUCGACACCAUCAAGACCCUCAUCACCGUGGCACACACCGACGGAAACCACCUGGGCAACUCCUGGCAUGAGAUCCUGCGCUGUAUUAGCCAGCUGGAACUGGCCCAGCUGAUCGGCACGGGGGUGAAGACGCGCUACAUCUCCGGCGUGGUGCGUGACCGGGAGGGCAGCAUCAAGGGCUUCCCCUCCGGCAGUGAGGAGUUCAUGCCUUUAGGCCUGGGAACUCUGGUGGGAGGUCAAGACAGACGUCAGAUGGCCCACAUUCAGGAAUCAGUCGGAGAGACCAGUUCUCAGAGUGUGGUGGUAGCUGUGGACCGGAUUUUCACUGGUUCAACGAGGCUGGAUGGAAAUGCUAUUGUUGACUUUGUGCGUUGGCUGUGUGCCGUCUCCAUGGACGAGCUGGCCUCCGCUCACCAGCCGCGCAUGUUCAGCUUGCAGAAGAUCGUGGAGAUCUCCUACUACAACAUGAACCGCAUCCGGCUCCAGUGGUCCCGCAUCUGGCAGGUCAUUGGAGAUCACUUCAAUAAGGUCGGCUGUAACCCCAAUGAGGAUGUCGCCAUCUUUGCUGUUGAUUCCUUGAGGCAGCUCUCUAUGAAAUUCCUUGAAAAAGGAGAACUUGCUAACUUCCGCUUCCAGAAGGAUUUCCUGCGGCCAUUCGAACAUAUCAUGAAGAAGAACAGGUCCCCCACCAUCAGGGACAUGGUGAUCCGUUGUGUGGCACAGAUGGUGAACUCUCAGGCCGCCAACAUCCGCUCCGGCUGGAAAAACAUCUUCUCCGUGUUCCACCAGGCCGCCUCCGACCAUGACGAGACCAUCGUGGAGCUGGCCUUCCAGACCACCGGACACAUCGUCACCAACACCUUUCAGCAACACUUUGCCGCGGCGAUCGACUCGUUCCAGGAUGCAGUGAAGUGUCUGUCAGAGUUUGUGUGCAACGCCGCGUUUCCAGACACCAGCAUGGAGGCCAUCCGCCUCAUCCGCCACUGCGCCAAAUACGUGUCUGACCGGCCACAGGCUCUGAGGGAGUACACCAGUGACGACAUGAACGUGGCUCCUGGUGACCGGGCGUGGGUGCGAGGCUGGUUUCCCAUCCUGUUUGAGCUCUCCUGCAUCAUCAACCGCUGCAAACUGGAUGUGCGGACCAGGGGUCUGACGGUUAUGUUUGAGAUAAUGAAGAGCUAUGGUGACACCUUCGAGAAGCACUGGUGGCACGACCUCUUCCGCAUUAUCUUCCGCAUCUUUGACAACAUGAAGCUGCCAGAGCAACAAACUGAGAAGACGGAGUGGAUGACCACGACCUGCAACCACGCCCUGUACGCCAUCUGUGACGUGUUCACACAGUUCUACGAGCCGCUCAGCGAGAUCUUGCUUGAAGAUCUCUUCACCCAGCUCCAGUGGUGUGUCAAACAAGAUAACGAACAGCUGGCUCGGUCAGGAACUAAUUGCCUGGAGAACCUGGUGAUCCUGAACGGGGAAAAGUUUAGUCCUGACGUUUGGAAUGUCACCUGUGCCUGCAUGCUGGAGAUCUUCCAGACCACCUGCCCUCAUGCGUUGUUGACAUGGCGACCUGCAGGGCAGGAAGAGGAGGUGGGAGAUGGGAAACACAUGGAUGUGGACGUAGACUCCCUGUCCCAAUGCAGCUUUGAAAGGACGCUGUCAGAACGUGGACAGAGUCAGAUGUCCAACGCCAGUGAUGAGAACUGGAAGGACAAGUCCCACACCAGGGUAUCUGACCAGAAGCUCUUUGCUGGUCUCCUCAUCAAGUGUGUGGUACAGCUGGAACUGAUUCAGACCAUAGACAACAUCGUCUUCUACCCAACCACUAGCAAGAAGGAGGAUGCUGAGAAUUUGGCAGCAGCACAGAGGGAUUCACUGGAGGAGGCAGAGGAGAUGCCGGGGGAGGCAGAUCAGGGCAUGUACAAGCACAUGCAAUCACAGCAUCUUUUCAAACUCCUCGACUGCCUGCUGGAGUCCCACACUUUUGCCCGAGACUUCAACUCCAACAACGAGCAGAGGACGGCACUCUGGAGGGCAGGAUUUAAGGGCAAAUCAAAGCCCAACCUGCUGAAGCAGGAGACCAGCAGUCUGGCCUGCAGCCUUCGGAUCCUGUUCCGCAUGUACUCUGACCAGAAGCUCCAAGAGUCCUGGCCAGACAUCCAGACCCGCUUACUGCUUGUCUGUAGUGAAGCCCUGGGCUACUUCAUCAGUCUUACAUCAGAGAGUCACAGAGAGGCUUGGACCAGCUUGCUGCUUCUGAUGCUCACCAGGACACUCCGACUACCUGAUGAUAAGUUUAAGCCGCACGCGUCCUGUUACUACCCCCACCUGUGUGAGAUGAUGCAGUUCGACCUGAUCCCCGAGCUGCGCGCCGUGCUGCGCCGCUUCUUCCUCCGCAUCGGUUCCGUCUUCCACAUCGCCGCCCCGGAGGCCUGCUCUGCCGCCCCUCAGCCUGCACCCUAAACCCAGCGCAGGAGGGAGGCCAGAGGGACUCAAAAUGAAAACUCUCAGAUGGGGCAGCGGUAGAGACCCAUGUUUGAAUAUCCAAGGGGGUGUGUAUGUGUGUGUGUGUGUGUGUGUGUGUGUGUGUGUGUGUGUGAGAAUGAAUGAGAGAAAGGGACAGAGCAAGCACAACCUCUCCCAGGUUUGAGGAAAAAGACUAUGCAUGGGUAAUGGGCACAUGCAGAAGAGACUGUUGACUCUGGGCUUUUAAGGGUGUUAUGGAGGGGGUUUUCUUUCUUUUUCCCGGAGGAAGGUGGAGGCUUCUCUGAAAGCUGUCAUUGGCAUCCAGCUCCUCUGACCUGCUAACGUAGACUGAGAGGAGAGGAGAGGUGAACAGAGAAGCACUGUGACACUGUAGGGCUCUGCUCUCUGCUCUGCGCUGGCUGUGCACAUCCUCUGUCAAGAUGUUAUGGCAAGAGAAAGAAAUCUUAUAACAAUAAUAAUUUAUUACAGUCAUGUAUCCUGGGUUUUUGUUUGUUGGUUCUUUUUUGUUUGUUCUUUAUUUUGUUCUAUUUUUUUUUUUUUUUUUUUGUCAAUGGUUGUCUGUAUGCUUUUAAGACUGAACAAACAAGGAAAUCAAGUAGUGGAGGGAAAAGCAACUACAAAAUUCCAUAUCAUCUUGUUGGAUUAUUUGUUUACGCAGUUUGUGGCUGUUGUUAGACAUGUCUGUGCCUGAAAUUGAUAUCAACAAAUGUAAUAACCAAACUCUCUUUGGGCAGAUUGAUUUGGAAUGGUUUAAAUUAUGGUCCUCACCAUCACUGGCUUUGUGUAAUUCUCUUGCGUAGUACACAGAGGAGGCUUAAAAUUACCACACCCCCUGAAUCAGUAAAAUCAUAAUUUGUUCAUGACAUCAGAGGAAUUAAGUAAUCUAUUUCCUCUACACAUCAUUAUAUUCCUCAGCUCUCACCAUAAAGACAAACUUACAGACACUACUGUUUUUCGUGUUUAUCCUUAAGGCUGAUGAGAGUAGCCAUUAGCAGAAUCCAAAUAAUUUCUUUUUUUUUCUUCAAUUUUAUUUUUAUUUAAUGUUUUAUUUCUGUUCUUUACAUUCCUCCUCUCCUUGAUUUCAACAUUAGAGACAUAUGGGAAUGUUUUAAAGCAUUGUGGCAUUUUCUAGUUGCCUCAGAAUGAAAUUAAUUGAAGAGAAUUAAGUUCACUUUGUGAUGGAAUUAUCAGGUCGUGGCACCUGUACUUUACAAAUUGUUUUUAUUUAUGCCUUUCGUUAUGUUCCCCUAUGAAGAUUUGUGCUGCAAUGGCUUUUGAAAAGGAAUGCCAACAAACUCGCCUGUUAUGCCCAACAGUGAACAAUGGAAGACUACAAAGUGCUUGUUCACUGUAUGCAGUAAAUGUCCAUUACAAAUGAAACCUGAAACCAUCAGUAUUGAGCCUUCAUGUUAUCCUGUACAAUGUAAGCCCCUGAUGUGUUUUUUUUUUUUUUUUUUUAAAUGAGGAUGUAUUUAAUUCUUUGAAGUGCAUUUAAAUAUUUUCUGAGAAGCAUUCCUUCCCUUAAAAGUAUGGAUGUCUACUUUUCCUUUGCUGACAAAGGGGAAUAUAAAUAUAUAUAUAAAUAUAUAUAUAUAUAGUAUAUGAAGAAAUACAAACUGUAAAGUUUUCAUGUAAUAUAGAAAAAAAUAAAUGCGAUACUAUAUACAUAUUGUGACGUAAUCUUCCAAGCAUUUGGUGAAGUAACCAAUAAAGAUUCGACUGAUCCAACU